CUGAGGCGCGUGGCGCGAGACCUUCAUCCUCGGACUAGCGGGUAACGGUACCCGCUCUGUGACGGUGGUACUCUUCACCGAAACAGGCCUAUGGCCAGUGCGAUACAGGCGUCUUUCCCUUGCGCUACGAUAUCUUCAAUACGUGCUGCUCCAGCGCCCUGCGCUGCCCCUUGCGGCUUUGGCCGAGGCUCGAACCGGUCCCAGUACAGUUCGAUAUCACUGCACCGCUCACGACGGAACUCACGGAGGGCUGCCUUGAGGAACUGCGACUGUCACUUGUCAGCCACCUCAAACAGCAGUUCAAGUUGGCAGAUUCACACCGACUCACUAUGCUCAAGGCGCGCCCCCAUCAACGGGCCACGCUUGAGCGGCGAGCAUACCUCACCAUCUCCGACCGAGAGCAGCGUUUUGCCCUAUGUCGGCUGCUGGUGUCGGAUUCCCCUUUGGCCGUCGAGGUACUGCGCCGCCGAACGCCACCGGUGCCCCGUGAACAACGAACAUGCAGGUUCUGCGAACUACAAGGAUCAGUGGAAGACGAAAUACAUGUGCUGUUACUAUGCCCAUCAGAACAGUUGCGACAAUCCCGGGAGCAAUUCAUGGCAACAGCGUUCGCCCGCCAGCCGCUAUGGCGGAUAACUUGAAGCUCGCCAAGCACACACAUACGGUCUUCCAGCUUUGCGAGACUGUCCCCAUGGUCGUGGUCGCCCCCGAGGAGCAAGCCCAGACAGAGGCCUAGCCCGGCGCUC